AUGGCCACUGCUGGCCUUACUACCAAGGCAAUGAGGGCUGAGUCAGUUUGGAAUAUGCACCAAGCAUGGUUUGCACAUACCAAUCUGAAAACAUCAGAGGAGGACAUGCAGAGUUACUACAGCUGCCACACGCUGCAUUAUGGUGCUCACAAAGAUGAAGAAGAAUAUCCAGAACUUUGGGAUGAAAUUUGUGAGUACUGGAAGGAGAGUGCAAGUGGGACAAAGGAUAUGAGCUCCAAGGUGAUGGUAGGGCAUGUGAUGACCUGUGGAGAUUCAUUCACACAAGCUGCACAGACAUGGUGUAAUGUCAGGGACAUCCAUGUAUUUGGAUGUGUAAUCUACAGUGGCAAUGAUGAAGCUGCCUGCCAGGCUCUGGGCAUCUUUGCUGGCUCUCCAAUAUGUAUGGAGCUAGCAAGCGAGAGGCAGACAGACAUCACAAGGCUGCUAGAUUAUCUGGCCACAAUUGUGAAAUAUAAAAUCCUCGAUCCUGUUUUCAUGUUGAAAUCCCAAGAAUCCAGGCAUGAUCAUAAUCGCCAAGUUCUGCCUCAGGUCUUCUUGCACAAACUAUAUGAAGUGGGUAUCAUGAGUGCACAGAGGAACACCCCAUGGAAGUCUUUACUCAACCUUCUCUAUAUGCACCAGUACACCAUUGUUAAUUGGCCUGCUGCUGUCUCCACUGUUGGCCCAGAUUUCAAUAUCAAGGGCCUCAGUGCUGACAAGCUCUGUGCUUUGACUGUCCCUUUUUUAAAGGAACAAAUGGGUGCUGACUUCCAUUCUGAGGUCCAUGUAGAGGAUGAGGGUGAUGAUUCCUUGGUGCCAGUACCCAUGGCAUCAUUUGAUCUCAGGGAGUGGACACCUGAGCAGAAGGAGCUAUUUAAGAUGGUUAGCCCAGAGAUGUUCGAAAUCCUGCUGCUAGUAAAUACAUUUAAUCAACCCCUUUGUAUUCUUUCAGAUUUGCGAGCCUUCAUUAAACCAAUUCCAAAAAGCAUGGGCCCCUCUGACUCAGAAAGGACACCCUUGCCACUUCCUCCACCAUCACCCCCUGUUGAAGAUUCACUGCAGUCACUUGUGUGUGGUAGUAUGGGAGUGAAUGCACCUGCAGACUAUCAUCAUUCCACUCGCCCCUCCUCACCCAUGACUGAUGUGCCACAACAGGUGCCUGCAUGA